UUCCACGACCCGCGGCGCCCGUCACCCGUCUGCGAUGAGUUUAGUUUUCAAAACAAGAGUCUGCUCGCCGCUCGUAGGCCGCACUCGCGUCUAAAAAAUCCGUAAAUCCGAGGCAGAAUCGUAGCCCGGUGACACGGAAGGUCGCAUCGUAAUCGUGUCGCGCGCCGUUCUAUCCUCGUCCGUUACGAUAUCUCGUCUUAUUUCGAUUAAAACGUGACACGGGGAAAAAAUGGACACCCUCCGCGAGCAGGUGAUGAUCAAUCAGUUCGUACUCGCUGCAGGUUGUGCCAGGGAGCAGGCUAAACAAUUGCUGCAAGCGGCCCAUUGGCAGUUCGAGACUGCGCUUAGUAUUUUCUUCCAAGAAGCUGCGAUACCUCCGUGCGCACAAGGACCUGGUACACAUUUUGGCCAAAUCACACCUUGUAACACGCCGGCCACACCACCGAACUUCCCUGACGCGCUUCUGGCGUUCUCCAAAAUGUCUGCAGGGGACAAAACUCCCUCAGGUAUGUCUCCAAGUCAAAACGGAUUGCAUCAGAACUCAAUGCAGAUGGGGAUGGGGACACAGGCUCAGCACCACGGCGGCCGAUGUAGCGUAACCGGGAACGCACAACAGCAAACGCAAAGUCAACAAUUCGGCCUGGGCGAGCCGCAGAGAUAAAAGAAACUUACGAUCUGGCGCGGCCCGUGCGCAAGAUCCCGAGGUCGCACGAUGUGCACGUAAAAAAAGGAACGAUGUUUUUUAAAAGCAAGAGGCAACGUUGGUUUACGAAAGAUCGGAACUGCCGGGGGCUCUCCUACAGGGUUAAUAUAGCGACGCGGUGCGCGUGUGAGUCGAAAAUUCGUUAGAUUUCACCGCUCCCACAUCCCUUCCUCCUCCCCCCCUCGAAGCAGGACGGUUGAUUUAUGGAAAGCAAAACGUGCGGAGAUCAGAAAGGAAAUAUCAGAUUGAUUAAUUUAGGCGUGCACGUCGCUAGAAAAAGCGAAAUCUCUCUGAUAAAAAAGAGAUACGAUCGUUUACCUCUCGCCUCACGUACCGAUCCGCGAAAUAAUGUGGAUCUCUAGAGUAGCCGAUACGACUCUCGAUUGUUUAUUCUCGUUAUUCUUUGAUAAUGUACGGUAUACACGUUGAAUAAAACAAAAUCUUCUUCCGUCGGAUUAGUCUGGUGAGCGUGACGCGAGGAAGAAAUAGAAACAAUGAGAGAACGGAGAUCGCAAAGACUAUUUUUUAUUUCUUUUUCUCUGUUUCUUCUCUUUAAAUGUGCUGCUGGGGCGGUAGUUCCUAUGAUUAUGAAAGACAGCGAUACUCUCCUUAAUAGAAAUUAGUAUGCGUCCAGGAAUGCCGCUUGAUGUAAACGAGUAGCGAGAAGCCUCCUCCACCGUCCCGGGUAUCUUCCUUGUCGUUUCUCGAUCUACACACAGAUUUUGCGGCUAGUAUAGGAAAUACUAGCCGUUUACUCUCGUUUGUGGUCCCAUGGAUUGCGGAAGUCAAAACGAGAAAUCGAUUAAACUACUUCCAUGCCAUCAUAGUACAAAAAAUUGCCGGCACUGGAUAAGCGCUUAGCGAUUGAAUGUUUUUUUUCUUUUAAUUUUUUUAUAAUUUUAUUUUCGUUUCGCAGUAGAGAGAUAUUGCGAAUGUGAUCCGAUUUUGAAGCAAGUUGAACGUUAAUCGUACUAGUAUUUUCUCUCACCUGUUGUUCUUCUUUUCGUAAUGACGGUCGUAAACGUGAUUCAGUGAUUGUACAAAUCUGAUCUUGGCGACAUUGUUUUGUAACGAGGCGAUAAUGAUGAUGAUAACGUAAUGCCUGACGAAAGCAAAGAGGAAAAAAUAUAUUGUUCACGCUCGAAUGAUAAACGGAAACGCACGAGACUAAAUAUUAAAUAACGAAUGCGAAAUCAUGUUAAAUUAUCACGAAACUGAAAUUAUUACUGAUUAUGUAAUAUCCUCCAAGUAUUUAUGUAAAAUUUCUCUUAACUGUGUACACAUUUCUCGAAAGUCGUUCACACUUUUGCUCAGAUGUAGUAUCCAGUGUAGGUCAUUUUUUUCUACGUAAAAAACAGUGGAACCAUACUUAGCUGAGCUGUUUAAUCGUCAAUUGAAUUAUUAUUGAAUAUAAAUAAUGACGGUCAGAUAUUUCGUACCGUUUCACAUGUAUGUAAAUGAUUUCCUCAAAUCGUAGACUUUUCUUAUUGCUCGCUGAACUUCUUGUACGACAGCUUGUUGUAAUUAUAUACCUGACCAGUAUCUAUAACGAAACUGACUAUUUUUCAUUCGAUCAUUCUUGCAUAGAUCGGCUAUCAUUUUAUAUAGUUUAUUAUUCAUUUUCGCUCUGAUGUUAUUUUUCACAAAUAGUGUAUGUAAUCUCACGACACAUAUAAAAUUAAUCUCAAAAGUACACGUUUGCCUGACAUACUUUAAAUGUUUAAAAAAGGACAUUUUGUGGGUACUAAUAACUUCAUGAACUGAAACUACUUCAGUUAGAACAUUUGUUUAAAAUCAUUGUUUCAAAUUCUGUUCAAUUUCAAGAAAGCAAUUGGUAUACAUAAAAUAUCUGCGAGAGUUUUAAACAUUUAAAAUUCGCUUGCUUUACGUAAACUUUUGACUGACUGUACAUAUUGAUUAAUAUUUAGUUUCAGAUAAAUCGAAAGACAUUGUACUGUCCAAGUAAGCAUAUAGGAACGUUCACAAAUAAAUAAAUCGAUCGGUCGCAGAUUUAUUAUUUGAAAUAAAAACGAUAUGACGGACAUUAUGAUUAGUAUAUAAUCGAAGUUUAAAUAACGGAAUAGUUUGAGUAUUUUGAGUUUUCGCUGCAGCUUUUCAUCACUGUGCAUUCAUUGUUGUAAAUACGGUAGAAAAUGAUGUAUGGUAUAUGCGA